GUUUAUCAGUUUUGUCACUUGUCAAAAUGGCUGACCAGUGGAAAAGAUAAUAUUUUUCGAUAAAAUGUUAAAAGCGCGACCAAACAUCCGUCGCGCCACCAAAAUAUUUAAAUUUUUCCAUACUGCUUUAUAAUAUGGCUGCUGGAUAUUUAUCCAAAGCUUUGCUUGCUUUAAUCUUCACUAAAGUUCACUGUGCUUCCUUUGGGGGCAGUGGGGGUAAGGAUAAUGGAUUUGGGAGCAACUAUGUAUGGGCUGGAUCGCUGGAAGCCGGCAUGCAAAUCGCGGUAAACCAUAAAAAACCUGUGAUGGUCAUAAUUCACAAAUCUUGGUGUUCUGCAUGCAAGAACCUUAAACCGAAAUUCGCUAAUUCGAAUGAAAUCCAGUCGUUGAGUCAACAUUUUGUUAUGGUGAACUUAAUGGAUGAAGAGGAGCCGAAGAACAAUAAAUUUGCACCUGAUGGAACUUAUAUUCCUAGAAUCCUCUUCAUAUCCCCAAUGGGUAUGGUCGACUGUGAUAUUUACAACGAGGAGGGAAGCAGCCAACACAAAUACUUCUACAGCAGGCCUGAACAAAUUGCCAAAUCGAUGAGGAAAGUGAUAGAAAAAUACAAGAGCGAGCAAUUCGAUGUAUGACAACGCUUUUCAAAUGAUAUUGAAACCACCCGCGUACGAACUUUUACAUCCAACAGAAAUGACAUUGAAAUCAUCUGCGUAAAAACUUUUUUACAUCUAAUCAAAAUUGUUACAGCUUUUCAUUUUUAAUAAAAUCUGUAUUCACU